AUUAUCUAUAAUAAGUUUUAUUUAGUUUGUCUGUCUAAAGGGAACAAUUUAAUUUGUAUUUAAUUAAACAUUAUUAAUGGUCAAUGGUGCAUAUUCGCAUACUUUUAUUUUGAAAUGGAUGUGAACUAAAGAGGAAGUGUUUGGCGCAGACUGCAACUUUUCCAUGGAGUUUGCAUACCUGGUGUAUAAUUGCAAUAUAAUUACUUGGCUUCAUUUCGAGGAUUUGUUAUUCACAGUCUAUUAGCACUAUUAAGAUCAUUUUAUUGUAUCUAAUCAAACUUUUGUUUUUAUAUUAGACGCUGCACUGCCAAUGCAGAACGUUUUUUAAAUCUCGCUGAAAUAUUAUGAAAUAAUAUUCAUAUUUGCACAGCUGUGGUCACUAUGUCCAGGUAUGAGUUUUUACAGAGUCAAACUGCUCUGAUGAUCUUAUUAAUGCCGGACACACAAAAGACAUGCAGCUCUGCUGAGCCUCCUGUCAACAUGAAACAAAACGACAUUCAGACUCCGACUUACAGGCUUCACAAGAGAGUCAUGCAGACAGAUGUCCUUUAGUGAAGGACAGAGCAGAAGACAACAUUCAGACUGUAGUCAUUGGUGAUGCUGAUGACACAGGUUACUCCGAAGACCAGGAAGGCGCGUUGCAGACGCCAUCCAAGCGCCCUGAAAAGCCACAAGAGGACAGGUCUUUUGAAUGUGAGCAGUGCGGAAAGGCCUUUCCAAAGAGGUUUUCACUUUUUCGUCACAAACGCGUGCAUUCGAUCAUGAAGCAGCACAAUUGCGAAAAAUGCGGGAAGACGUUCUCGCAAGCAAGAGCUCUGGAGACUCAUCUCCGCAAACAUACGCAGAAGUUUGAGAAGAAGAAACUUCCCUGCGCUACCUGCGGGAAGAGCUUCAAAGAUCUCGCCGCACACGAACGGGUCCACGCCGAGGUCAAGCCGUUUACCUGCGAAACCUGCGGACAAGGGUUCACGGUCAAAGGCAGCUUGUACAUGCACCAGAGGGUGCACACGGGCGAGAAACCCUACACGUGUGACACCUGUGGCAAAAGUUUCUCUCUUAUAGGCACGCUAAACUGCCACAAGAAGUUUCAUUCGGAUGACAGGCCGAUAAAAUGCAGCCACUGCAAUAAGAGCUUCAAGUGCAAGAGUCAUCUGAGACGCCACCUUCCAGUGCACACCGGCGAGAGACGAUAUACGUGUAAAGUCUGUGGUAAAGCAUUUGCGCAUCAUGAAGCGAUGACACGCCACAUCCUCAUUCACACCGGCGAGAAGCCGUACAUCUGUGAAGUGUGCGGUAAAAGAUUUCGCCAGAGAAGCAAUUUAAAAGUCCAUAUGCGGGUGCACCAAGAGACACUACUUAAGUGCGAAAUGUGUGGAAAAACAUUCCAGCAUGGUUUUUUGCUACAGGAGCACAUUUCGUCACACAGUCUUACUGGAGAUUCAGAACAAGACCCAUUUUGGAGCUCCAAAACUCAGCUGCAUUCAGACACCAGCAAACCUUUCACGUGCAAAUUAUGCGAGAAGAGCUACAGCAACAUAUAUAAUCUUCGCAUACACGAGAAGCUUCACACAGGCGAGACCCCAUUUAAGUGUGAAACCUGCGGUAAGGCCUUUAACUCUCAGAAAGUCCUUUAAAACGCACCUGCUGUGCCACUCGGGAGAUAGACCUUAUAAAUGCAUAGCGUGCGGGAAAGCGUUCAAGUGGUCUGGUUCACUGAAGAUGCAUAUGAAGACUCAUACCGAUGAAAAGACUCACAAAUGCGAGACGUGUGGAAAGAGGUUUCGCUUGUAUGGAAAUUUGAAGCGGCACAAGCGCGUCCACGCUGGGGAGAAGCCGUUCAGCUGUAAGGUCUGUGAGGAAGGGUUCACGGAAGUCGAGCGACUCAAAACACACAUGCAAGUCCAUACCGGAUCCAAACCCUACAUGUGCCAGAAGUGCGGGAAGAAUUAUGUGUAUCUUAGACAUUACAGCGGUCACAAAUGCAAGCCUGUAUCAGAACGAUUCAGUCGUAGUGAUUUGUAACCUUAACACUAUCAUGUGUAAAAAAUUAACAUGUUGGCAUGGUUGGAAAACCUGGAAAUAUGAGGGUAUUUAUAAUGCGUUAAUUGUGUUUUCUGUACCCGAGAAAGUAACUGAAAACGGUACAAUACAGAAACUUUAAAGUUAGCAAGUCUAAAUGUUCCUAGUUGUGCUCUGAUUUAAAUGAUUUUAUCAGCUAGGUGCUGUCCUUGUGUUGAGCUGAUGAGUCAAUUUUUCAACUUGAUUAUUCAAACCUUCAGUAGUGAAAUCUGACGUGAAAUAUGAAAAAUAUAUAUUUUUAAAAGUGUUUAAAAAAAUCCCUAUCCAGUCAUCAGAAAUGACAGAGAAACGUAUAAUUAUAAGUAUUCACGACUCUAUAAUUAAAUAUGACGACGUCAGCUGGAUUCUCUUUGGUAAACUCGUUGUUAAACCGUUAUUCGUUUCCUGACUAAUUGGACUGGAAUAUGCUUCCUUUAGAGCGUUCAAUGACUUUUAUUUUGAAAAUCUGUAUCGAAAGUAUAUUUGUUCCAGUUGCUGAGGUCUGUGUCUUAGCGAAACCGUUUUAAGAUCAAAUUGAUCCAAAACACUCUAGUGCCCGCAACAAUUUAGCACUGAAUUUUAAGUACCUCAAGUUUUGUUUGUUUAUUAUAAGCAACCGGAUACUUUUAUUUUGAAAUAAAACGAAGAGGAAGUACUUACUGUUGCGUGCAACUUUAUUGGGAGUUUUUGUUUAUUUCCUUCUCGUUCUGUUCGUACGGCCUGUCAAACACAUAUUUAGUUGAUUUUGCUGCACGCCUUUGGUCACUAUGGCCCGGUUUGAGCUUUUUCAGAGUCAAGCCACUCUGGUCGUGUCUUUACUGACGGACUCCGCUAAACACGAGAUACUAGAGGCUUUCACAUUCAGCUCCGGUGAACCCCGUCUCUCCAUCAAACCAAACGAUGCACAGAUUCAGACGCUCAAUUCCAUAAUGGAGAGGUUUGCCAAAGAAGUUGUGCAGAAGAUUUGCAGUCUCUUCAGGUAUUGUUCAUCUGUGGCACCGGUUCCAGCUCAAAUAUGUUUGAAAGGUGGGGAUGUCCUCAAGACUUCAUCUCAGAUGGGUCGUGAUCUCAGUGGAGCAACACAUAUCCAUAUCCAAGAGUUUCAGGGAGACGCUGUAAGGCUCUCUGUGAGUCCCCUGAAGGAUCCUGCAACGACGUCUCAAAAGAAACACUUCAACACGGAACCUGCACAGAAAAGUAAUACAAGCAUAUGUCUUACGCUGGAAGAAGGAACAGAAGAAACCAUUCAGAAAAUAUUCAGCAGUGACGCUGAUGACAGGAGCUGGUCUGGAGAUCAGGAAGGAGCCUCACAGACGUCAAGCAAUCAAACUGAAGUCCCGCGAUCAAAGCAGUCUUUUGAAUGCGAUCAGUGCGGGAAAGCCUUUCCGAAGAUGUUUUCUCUCGUGCAGCACAAACGCGUGCAUUCAAUCGCCAGGCCUCACGCUUGUGAAAAGUGCGGAAAGAAAUUCACGCUGCAGAGAGCGCUGGAGACCCACCUUCGCAAGCACUCGCAGAAGCCCGAGAAGCAGAAGUUUCCCUGCGCUACCUGCGGGAAGAGCUUCAGGGACCUCGCGGCGCACGAGCUCGUCCACGCCGAGGUCAAACCGUUCGCCUGCGAAACCUGCGGACAGGGGUUCACGAUCAAAAGGAGUUUAUACAUGCACCAGAGGGUGCACACGGGCGAGAAACCCUACAGAUGCGACACCUGUGGCAAGUGCUUCUCCCUCAUCGGCACGUUGAACUACCACAAAAGGAUCCAUUCAAACGACAGGCCGAUAAAAUGCAGCCACUGCAAUAAGAGCUUCAAAUAUCACAAGCUUCUGAAACACCACCUGCGCGUGCACACGGGCGAGAGGCCGCACACGUGCGACGUCUGCGGGAAGAGCUUCGCGCUCUCCGGGACUCUAAAACGACACGUCCUCAUUCACACCGGCGACAAGCCGUACGUGUGCGAGGUGUGCGGCAGGCGAUUCAACCAGAGGAGCACCCUGAAAGGCCACAUGCGAGUGCACGGGGAAAAGCGGUUCAUGUGCGAAAUGUGCGGGAAAACGUUCCAGUAUAAUUACGUCCUGAGGAACCACAUCCUCACGCACGGCCAGGGCGGACACGCGGGCGAUAAGAGCAACGCUCGGCGCUGCGACGUGUGCGGGAAGCUGCUGAGCUCCGCCUACGCGUUAAAAGCGCACUCGCAGCUGCACUCGGGCGACGGCAAGCCUCACGCGUGCGCGCUGUGCGACAGAAGGUACAGCAGCGCGCACUCCCUUCGGAUGCACGCGCAGCUCCACACGGGAGAGAAACCCUUCAGGUGCGACGUCUGCGGCAAAGACUUCUCUCUGAGGGCUUCGUAUAAAACCCACGUGUUUCUGCAUUCGGGAGAAAGACCUCACGAGUGCGCGUCGUGCGGGAAGCUGUUCAAGCUGUCGAGCUCUUUGAAGAUGCACGCGCGCACCCACACCGGCGAAAAACCGCACAAGUGCGAAACGUGUGGGAAGGCGUUUCAUUUGUCGGCCAACCUGAAAAGGCACCGGCUCGUGCACACCGGGGAGAAGCCGUUUACCUGUGACAUUUGUUUGAAGAGUUUCACGCAGCCCAACAACUUGAAGGCGCACAUGCACGUUCACACGGGGAAAAAACCGUACACGUGCACCAAGUGCUGGAAAAGUUUUGCCUAUCAGAGAAACUACAAAGAUCACAAAUGCGCUCCGCUUUGAGAUGCUUUGAGAUGUGUCGGACUGCUGAAUUGGGGUCUGCCUACAGGCCCUUGGAUUUCGUUGUAAAGCUUGUAAAUCAUUUUGAAAGUUAGACUGAAUUAAUUUAUUUAUUAAAAAAAAAAAAAAAUGUUUCCUUGUAUUUUUGCAAACUAAAAGCCAUUGUAUAAAAUACGUCACAUCUAUAUA